CCCGGCCGCCCCGGCCCCGGUGCCGCCUCACGAGCGGGGGUCCGGGCCCCGGCCCCACCCUCCUUCCCUCCCUGUCCCGCUCCUCUCCUUCCUCGGCGGGGCCGCAGAGCGGCGUGUUUGGUUUCUAGAGCCGUGUUUAUUGUGUGUCCCCUUGGGGCCCAAGGAUUUCGCAGUGAAUAUGAAGACUAUCCGUCUGAAAUCUCGCCGCUUCAAAUAUAGGUUAGCCUACACAAACCAGAAAUUAAGCUGGAAUCUCUAAAAGAGGAUAUUAAGGAUUUUCUGAAGACAUCAGGUUGGGAAAAGAAGCUUCAGAAUGCUGUUUAUAGUGAACUCAAUGUGUUUCCUUCACCCUGUCAUCCUGCAGCACCACCUGAACAUAUUAAAGAACCUUUAGCAUAUAUGAGGAAAGCACAGGGAAGCUGGGAGAAGCGAAUUCUGAAAAGUCUGAACAGCAUGUGCACAGAACUCAAUAUCCCACUAGCGCAGAAGAGGCCUGCAAAUGAACAAAAAGAACUGCUUAAUAAAUGGAAUGAAAUGGGAACUGAUGAGCCAGAUCUAAGUCUUUUCCGGCCUGUUUAUGCGCCUAAAGAUUUUCUUGAGGUACUGAUGAAUCUUCGAAACCCAAAUUAUGAAAAUGGAGAGCAGCCUAGUUUCAGAAAUCAUCUGGGACUAAUUCAGGUUCCCUUAAAAGUUAAAGAUAUUCCAGAAUUGAAAGAAGACUUUAAUGAACUAGGCUUAAAUAUAGGACAGCUAGGUAUUGAUGAUUCAGCACAAGUGCCUCCUGAGUUCUUUGAAAAUGAACAUGUACGUGUUGGGCAGAAAGUUUUAGCAGAGCAAGAUAGUGCUGCAGCUCAGCAGUAUGUUCGUCAGGGAUGUCCAACAGCACUCCGGGCUGAUCUGUGGGCCCUCAUUCUUAACAUUUCUAAUCAGCCAGAGGACAUCUUGUAUUAUGAACAGCUUAAGUCAAAUGUGAUUCAACACGACCUUUUAGUGGACAGCCUGAUUUACAAAGAUGUAAAACUGACAGCAAGCAACGAUGACUACUAUUUUGUAUUUGAGGAUUAUUUAUAUCAGGUGUUGCUGUGUUUUUCCCGAGAUACAUCUGUCCUGGAGCACUUUACUUACAGUAGUGCCACCCCACCCAAAUCAUACAUACAAGGAAAACUUGGAAUGGAAGAAUAUGCUGUUUUCUAUCCUCCAAAUGGUGUAAUUCCUUUUCAUGGCUUUUCUAUGUAUGUUGCUCCACUUUGUUUUCUGUACCAUGAACCUUCCAAAUUGUAUCAGAUAUUCCGUGAGAUGUAUGUGCGUUUUUUCUUCAGACUCCAUUCCAUCUCUUCUCAUCCCUCUGGCAUUGUAUCAUUGUGUUUGCUUUUUGAGACUCUUCUACAAACCCAUCUGCCCCAGCUCUUCUAUCACCUCCGAGAAAUUGGAGCUCAGCCGCUACGAAUUUCAUUUAAAUGGAUGGUACGAGCAUUUUCUGGUUAUUUAGCUACAGACCAGCUCUUGCUUCUGUGGGACAGAAUCCUGGGAUACAAUUCUCUAGAAAUUCUUGCUGUCCUGGCAGCUGCUGUCUUUGCUUUCCGAGCAGUCAACCUGAUGGAGGUGACAUCACUGGCUGCAGCUGAAGCUGUACUUGCUGACCUUUCAACCCUGAAAGUUAUGCCUCUUCUUCAAAUCUUCUUGUUUGCUACUGUCACUUAAUCUGUUUCAACAAUACUGGUACCACAUUCCAGUCUUUCUGGAGAAGCUAAGCAUCAACUAUGCAAUGUCUGCAUAAAACCAAAAUUAAACUCCAUGUAUAAAAUCAAUUUAGAAAUAAUUACCGUAAUAUUUUCUAACUGGGAAAAAUAACUUUACACACAAUUGUGUGAAGUGCAUGCUAAUGAAUUCCACUGUAAAAGCAAUGGUUAUUACUUGUACAUUGAGAAUGACUACUUGUGCAAGUAAAUAAUAUGAAUCACUGUCUAAAAUGCAUGCAAUAUUAAAUGAAAUAAAGUAAACUUAAUUAGU